AUGUUUACAGAGGUAGCAGCAAUGGUGGUUGUGGCUGUCUUCAUAUGGGCUUAUCAGACCACAAAGCCUCCUCCACCAAAGCUAUGUGGGUCACCAAAUGGUCCCCCGGUUACCUCACCCAGAAUCAGACUCAGUGAUGGAAGAUACUUGUCUUACAAAGAGAGAGGUGUUCCAAAGGAAAAAGCCAAGUACAAAGUCAUCAUCUCUCAUGGUUUUAACAGCAGCAAGGACCUUUACAUUCCUCUUUCUCAAGGACAGUUGGACGAUCUGGAUGUAUAUGUUGUAACGUAUGACAGAGCUGGUUAUGGAGAAAGUGAUCCAAACCCAAAACGCUCAGUGAAGAGCGAUGCGUUUGAUAUUCAGGAGCUUGCUGAUCAGCUUCAGCUAGGGCCUAAGCUAGCUGGUGUGGCCUUAGUUUCUCCAGUCAUUAAUCUCUGGUGGUCUUCUUUGCCUUCAAAACUCAGUAAUGAAGCCUUCACAAAGCUACUUCUGAGGGAUCAAUGGGGUUUUCUCAUUGCACACCAUGCCCCCAAGCUGUUCUGGAUGCUGCAAAACUGGUUGCCAUCAUCUUCUAUGAUGUCUCUAAAGGAGUUUAUGGAAAGAAACCCACAAGUUUAUAACAAAUCUGAUAGAGAAAUCUUCAUGAAGAUGUCUCAAAUUCCUUCUACUGAUGCUCAUAAGGUACAACAGCAAGGUGUCUAUGAAUCCCUUUAUCGAGACAUAUUAGUGUUCUGUGGAAAAUGGGAGUUCGACCCAACGGAGUUGAAAAAUGGAUUCUCGGACGGUGAGGGCUUCGUUCAUCUCUGGCAAGGCGACGAAGAUGGGAUGGCACCGGUUGAACUGCAACGAUCCAUCUCUCAGAAGCUGCCUUGGAUUCGGUAUCAUGAAGUCCCUGGUGGUGGGCAUUUGAUCAUUCAUGACAGUGUUUACUGCGAAGCUAUCUUCAAGGCAUUGUUGGUUGGAGAAGAACAAUCCUUCAUGUAA